AUGAAUUCAGCUGCAGCCAACUCAGAAAAACAAGCUUCAAAAAAAAAUUCUACCUUUAAAGUAAUUAGAGACCUUUCCAAAGAGGAAUUUACCUUACGAGGAUUCACUUUCAGGCGAAUAUAUCAAGAUUUCUAUCGAUGUGACACUUGCAAUGAUGAGCUUAACUUUGCCUUGAUCCCAGCACACACAAAAAAUCAUCAAAAACCUAAUAAAAAAGCUCCUCAAAAAUCAAAUCCAAAAAAUUAUACUGAAAUAUUAGAAUAUGAAGUUCCAAAUAAGGGAUUAGUAUAUGUAAAAUCAGAUGCCAAAAAAUCCAAAAAGAAAGCGCCAAAGUCUCUAGAACUAGAUCUGCCAGAAAAUGAAGAAGAAUACUGUUCGGAAAACUCAAAUUCUGAAGCUUCUCAAGGUAGUAGCGAUCCCUAUUCUGAACCUCCUGAUUCAGAAAAUUCAUCAGGAGAUGACUCUCCCAAGAUAAAAAAAGAAGAAGGCGUCAAAAAAGCCUCAGAAAAAGCUUUUAGAAAACAUUUUAAUUUAAGUGACAGUGAUUCUUUAACAAGUUCAUCAGGGGAUAGCACGCAAAACGUCAUAACUGAUGCUAUAGAUAGAGAAAGAAACGUAGACUUCUAUAAAUGCAGCUGCGGCGACACAUUCCAUACCUAUAGAAAAUUUAACGCCUAUAGGAUUUUUUUCCACAUAUCAGACUUUUGGUCGUAAUUUGUCUCGUAUGGCUUUUCCUCAGCAAAAAACAGUUAAAACUCUAUCAAAUUUAUUAUGAGAAAAACAAAAAAUACCGAAGAAAAGCCACAAAUGUCAUGCUACCAAAAUGUUCUGAUCAAAUGACACUGAGCCAAAAUUCAAGAUCCAUUGCUCAAUGAAAAAAUCGACCUGCGAAAGAUGUGGACAAAUUUCUUAUUGUAGGAGUGCUAUGAAGAGCCAUCAUGUGAUUUGCUUGACAAAGGAAUUGGGUCAGAUUAAAUGAGGACAAAAAUCAAUGGUUCCACAUCCGAGAUAUUUAAGAGGAAUAGAAGAAAAAAUAAGAAAAGCCUAUGCGGUCAUGAAAAAAGAUUAUAGCGUGGCGAAAGAGAUUGAACAAGCACAAAAAGAAGAUGAAGAAUAUACCUGGCUUCCAAGGAAAAGGAGGUCGAAAUACUAA